AUGACCAGUUCCUGGCAUAGCCGGCUACGCAACGAAUUGUUAAUAUUCGGAUGCGCCUACUCGAUUCUGAUUGGAACUUUGAGUUAUAUUGUGGACUACUCGGAUCGGCGUAUUGUGCAUAAGAAAUGGUUUCGCAUUUGGGCCUACAUAAUGAAUAUUAUUAUAAUGGGAAGUAUACCAGUUCUUGCACAUUUAGUGAGCAACAAAGUGACGUCUUUGGAAAGCAAUUGGCUCAUGCUGCACACCGAUUACGUUUUGGGAGGCGUACGACUAGUCCUUGUAACAUUAAUCAUAUUAUUGCGGAGGCAACGGGAGCGUGUCUUGCUGCAGUCUACAAAGAUAUUGUUUGCAAUGGAUGCUCGCUAUGCUCAGCUGCUUCAGCCGGUUCCAGCGUUGGAUAAGAAAUUGAAUUACAUGUAUAUAAUCAAGCAUAUAACCACAGUACUACAGUCCGUCAUCACGUUCACAACGACGCUCUUUAUCAUCAGAGAGAUUACCUGGGAGGGUCUGUUGGUAGCCGUGUACUUGGCCAACGUUCAAAAUGUUAUUCACAGCACGCUCUUUCAGUUUUUCACAAGUCUUAUGCAUCUGCAAAGUCGUUUUCUGUAUCUGAACCGGCAAUUGAAAUUGCUGCAACGAUCUUUGAGGUUCAGCAAUGACAAAAUUGGUCGCCAUAGAAGAAGGCAACAUAUCUAUGCCAUGAAGCAGCUAAGAGACAUGUCCCGAGCUCAUUUUAUGCUUACAAUACUCGCUCAGCGGCUAACUGAUUGUCUUAAAUAUACCGCACUUGGCGCCCUCUUGGGCUUUCUGCUGCAGCACGUAAUAUUCGGCUACUAUGGAUUAAUGCUGCUAGGCAGAGCAGAUAUUUACCUUUUUAUGAGUAGUAUAACGGUUGCCGUGGGAGGUUUUUUCUAUUUUUUACUACAUGUGGAUCUGUAUAUCUUCUUCUGGAAUUGCGAGGCUACGACAGCUGCCCAUCAUCGUACAGGUCAACUAUUACGUUUGUAUCAUCAAUUACCUCAAUUGUCGCCCGGAUUGGCCCGCCAAUUGGAGCUCUUUUCACUGCAAUUGGCGCAGAGUCAGUUCCAAAUCAAUGCUGGUGGAAUGUUUACGCUAAAUAAUGCUAGCGCAUUAGCUCUAUCCGCUUAUAUACUUCACACCAUUCUAAUACUUGUACAAUAUGAUUUUGAAAAUCGCAUUAAGACGCUGCGAAAUCAGUUGGAUCUUAAAUGGAAAGCCGAGAUUGAGGACUUUAUCAUGGAAUAG